GAUAGGUGCCCCGGGAAGCCGCUCCGUGUGUACAGUGAGGGAGCCGCGGUGACACUGAGCGCCGUGUGCUGAACCCGGGACUGGAGCAGCUCUGAGCCGCGCGGCAGGAAGCCGGACUCGGGUGUUUACUCUCAGUGAGCCACAAUGAAUUCCAUCUCAGCAGAUAGAAAGCCUCCAGUGGACUAUGGUGUCCAGAUCCGCUUCAUCAAAGACCUGGAUGAUAUGGGUGGAGGCUAUGUAGAGAGGAAUCGGGGUGUUGGAGGAGCAGCAGCUGCUGGAGGCAGUGGGACUCCUCCAUCCUCUACAUAUGGGGUUGCAGUGAGGGUUCAAGGAAUUUCUGGACAGCCCUAUGUGGUGCUGAAGGAUGGAGAGAAGGGUGACUCAUAUGGAGUACAACUGAAGACCCAGCCUCAGCCACAGACCCCAGUUCUUGGAUUUUCGUCCCCAUUUAACAGCCUGCCUCCAAGACCACGCGAUGGCGCUCAGACUCCUAAAGACCCUUACAGCUCAUUUGGGCCACCAAUUUCACCAGAUGAGACUGAAUUUGGCAGCCCUUUGAAGAGACCACCUGGUGAUGGACAAGCAGGAAGUCAAGGAGAUGGAGAAAGGGGGACUACAGAACAUCCUGUUUUGGCUCCUUCAUCCAAAGACUCCGGGAAGAAGGCUGUUGGAGAACUGAAUGAAGCUGGCCUUAGGCCAGUGCGGCAGACUGGAAUUGGUGGGACAAAGAAAAGCGGGAAUCAGUGUACCUCUACAGAGCCAUUCCCUGAAGCUUCAGCACCAGGUACUGUUGAAGAGCCAGUUGAAGCCAUUGACACAAAAUCUUUAGCCCCCAUUAAUAAACUUAUCAGUAAAUUUAACAGCAGUACCACGUCCACCGUGCCAAGCCGGAUCAGAGGUCGCUCUCGAGCUCGAGCAUGUCUGCAGUUUGAUGAGCGAAAGCGUUCUCGUAGCUUGGAUGCCCACAAGGAACAGGAAGAAGAGCCUAUUCCUUCACCAACCAUAAACCCCUACGCUCCUACAAUAAACACCACCUCAGGCUCCAGUCUUGCCUCACCCAAAUGUACAAACUACAACAGUCUUGGACAGAGCUCUCCUUCUAUUGCAAUGGUUCCUGCUGUUCCUACCUCAAAGGCACCUACCAUUAAUCAAACUCCAAGGAUGUUUGUUGCCAAGGAAGUACCACCUACUAUAUCAAAGAAACAGGUAACACCUGAUCUUCUGAGCUGCCAAAGUCAAAGUACAGACUCUGUUGAUGGAGGUGAAGCUCAAGAACGACAGGCGAUUUAUGAAAUCCUCAGAGAAGGAUCUGUUGAGGGUGAGAUGUCCUUGAGACGAAAAGCAAAUCUCAUGCAUGAGCAGCUCCGAGGGAUGAAGGAGCAGAACAAGGCAACCAACAAUCCGUUACAGCAGCAGCUCGAUCAGACCAAGAGAGAACUGCAGCAUGCUCAGGAUCGAUUGGCAGAACUGCGAUUGGAAAAGGAAGGGGUGGAGUCACGCUUUCAUCAGCAGGAGGAUCAACUGGCCGCGCUACAGGAGGAGCUGAGGAGGGUAUCGGAAAGCACACCUCAAACAGACACGGAACUGAUGACGCUUCAGGCUCAGCUGGCUGAGGCAGUGCUGCUGAGACAGAAGCAGGAGGAGGCGCUGCACAUGAGAGAGAGGGAGCUCACUGCACUGAAGGGGGUGCUAAAGGACGAGGUGGCGGCCCACGACAGAGAGCUGGAGGCACUCCGAGAGCAGUACAGCCAAAAUAUGGAGGCCCUUCAAAAGAGCAUGGAGCAUGUAUCGCAGUCCCAGCAGGAGAUAGAGGAAGAGCGGCAGAAAGUGAACGCCUCGAUCCUGACUCUGGAGGAGGAGCUGGAUGGUUACAGGGAGCAGGGCGAGCACUGGAAGGAGCAGAUGACCUCCGUCAAACAGGAGAGCAGGCAGCACAGCACCUUUCACAAACUGCUGCAAGCUCAGCAGGAAAAGAAGGAGCUUGAGGAGAAACUGCUCAGCCUGAAAAAGCAGACGUGUGAAACGGACUCCCUCACUCGGGUUCAGGAGCUGCAGCGCUGUCUCGACGAUCUGAAGACGGCACAUUUAAAAGUCGAUGAGCAGAAAGCAGAGUUGGCGAAGAAGGAGGAGGAGCUCCAAACCCUGAAAAGAACCAGUCAAAACAAAGAACAGGAGCUUGAGGCUGAGAUUGACAAACUGAAGGUCCAGUCGAAAAAGGACAAAGAGGAGCUCUCCAAAGUGAUCGAGAAGACGCAACAGUCUUUAUUAUCAUCUCAGGAUCCUACCAAAGAUACUGUAGACCUUCAAGAAGCCAACACUCGCCUUAGAGAGAGAAUUGCCCACAUGUCCCGGCUGCACAGCAGUCUAUCCGACACUGAGGCUUCAGAUAUUCUGGAGGAGGAGAACCGGCAUCUGAAAACACAGCUGGAGGAAAUGCGGCGUGCAACAUCCCGACUCUGCCACGAGAAAGAGGAACUCAACCACCAACUGGAGGAAAAGGAAAAAGAGAGAGAAACUCUGCGCCGUGGCAAAGCGGACCUCGAAGAGCAGAAGAGACUGCUUGAUCGAACACUGGAGAAGGUUAACAAAGAUAUGGACCUGCUGAUGGGGGGUUCUCGGCAGUCUGUGCAGAAUCUGCAGUCUCAGUUGGAUGAGUUUAGAGACCGCUCCCGUAGAGAACUUCAGGACUCUCAGAGGCUGAACAAGGAUCGACUGAUGGAGCUGCAAAGAUCUCAGAACAACCUCAAAGCAGCACAGGAAGAGGUGUCACGUCUAAAGAAGGAACUGCUGGUGUGUUCUGAGGAAAGGGAUGGUGCUCAGCUGGAUAAGGAGCUGCUGAGCAACCGUCUCAAACACAUGGAGAGUGAGCUGGACCGUGAGAAGAGCUCUCAGACAGACCACAGCAGAGAGAUGAGGCUUCUAGAGGAUAAAAUAAAGACUUUGGAGAUAGAGUUGGAUGAGGAAAAGACUGGAGCAGAGCUUCUGAAUGACCGCGUCACACGCAGCAGAGAGCAGGUGGACCAGCUCCGCUCUGAAUUGAUGCAAGAGCGCUCAGCCAGACAUGACCUUGAGAUGGAUAAGAGUUCACUGGAGAGACAGGUAAAAGAGCUGAAGUCUCGUUUAGCUGAUCUGGAUGGUCAGCCUCGAUCUACUGCAGGAGUCACAAUACUAGAAAACAAAAUCCAGGAGCUGGAAGAUCGGUUACACAGCGAAGAAAGAGAGAAGAGCAGCAUUCUAGCAGCCCAGAGGAGGAUGGAGAGGAAAUUAAAGGACAUCAGUGCCACAUUGGACCAGGAGAGAAACCAGCAUGCUGAACAGCGAGACCAGCUCUCUCUGCGGGUGAAGGCACUGAAGAGGCAGGUGGAUGAUGCCGAGGGAGAGGUGGAGAGAUUAGAGGGAGUGAGGCGGAAGAUUCUCAGGGAUCUGGAGGAGCAGAAAGAGCUGAAGGAUGUGCUCCAGGCCAAAGUCGGUACACUGGAAAACGAGCUGAGGAGGAAGAUUCAGCAGACACGGCGUCCCACUCUGGGGUCCACCCUAAGCUCAGAAGAUGAUGAUGGAUGCUUUGAUUCGAACAGCAUCACAUCCAUCCUGACAGAAUCACAACUCCAGACCAGCACCUGCUGAAGAGAUCGAGGUGUAAAACAUGAGAACUGGGUUGAUGUAUCACCUUCUGCUGAAAGAUAAUCAAUGAUUUACAUGAUUAAACUAUAUCAAUUAAUGAAUGCCUUAAUUCUGUAAAGGAAACAUGAAGUGCCUGAAAGUUCUAAUGUGAAAUGUUGUUGAGAAGAGGAAACUUCUGCUUAAACCCUUAGAAAAGAAUUCCUUUUUAAAUGAAGAAUUAAAAUAUUUACUUUAUUUCAGAAGUAUGUACUGUCCUUUUUACUGUACAACUGGCUACAUGUUUAUUCUUGACUCGCCAUAUAAAGAUUAUUUCUUUCAA